AUGGGCUGUUCCCCAUCCAAAGGUCAUCUCUUCCCGGGGAUCCCAAAUGGGGUCCACAAGGCUCUGCUGCCAGUACCACAAGAGGUGGGUAACAUCAAGCCUGUUGAGGGAGAAAACCAAGAUGUUGACAAUACGGAUAUUAACGAAGAAGUAGAGGAACUCCCACUAUCAGCUGAAGAUGAUAAUCCUAAGGCCGCCCUGGACGUGGCCCCGAAUACAGCCGUUGUGUCAAAUCUAGGGGCCAUCUCUGAAAUAAAGGUCAAAAUGACAUCACAGGUGAGAGAUAUACAGAGUGAGGAAGUACCGGAAAAGCAGGCGAAAAAGGUCAAGAAGCGAAAGAAGAAUAAGGGCGUCAAACAGGGCAGCCGAAGAGAAAAGGAGAUAAACACCUCAGUCAUCCAGGGGAAGGUGGACCUUCCCCUGCACAUGGUGAGAGCUCACCAGGCCGCCUACGAAUACCUGAACCCCAACAUCUCCAAGUGUGAGACCCUGCUGGGGCUGCUGGACCAGGCCGCCCAGACCCAGCUCUCCCUACAGCCCAUGAUGACAGCCAUUGUGAUGCGCUUCGAAGAGGUCAACCAGGCCCUGGAGGAAAUGGCUGAGGAGGGGGAGCUGAUGCUGAAGGAGCAUGGCAACCACAUGGCCUGGCCCUCCGAGACAAGGGACCCAGCUUCCACCCCCGCCAAGCCCAAUGCUGACCCAUCAGAACCCCCUCCAGACCUGCUGCAGCUGCUGCUCCAACAUUCUACUGAAAAGAUGAAGCUGGUGGGGAGCUCGAUCCAAGGCCUGGGAGACACCACUCUGGAAGAGGCGGCGGACUUCUUCGCCUCACUAUCUAAACUACUGGGAGAGAGGCUGCAGGCCAAGCGGGCAGUAGAGGAGCGUCUGAGCCAGGUGCUGGCGCGCGUGGAGGCAGCUGCCAAGUGCAACCUUGAUGACUUGUCCCUGCACAGCGAGGACAGCGGCAUCGGGGGAGAAAAUGAGUCGCUGAUGGGAUCAGAGCGCUACCGUCGCCAAUGGGGGAGCUCUGGGUCCGGUGGCAGUGCACGCCCCACACCCCCAAGCCAUUCACCUGACCAGGUAUGCCUUAAUGAAGGUGAGGAGGAGGAAGAAAACGAGGAAGAAGAUGGUGAUAAAGAUGAAGAGGAAGAAGAGGAAGAGAGGUCAGGGAGGGUGCGGUCCAACUCAUCCCCGCCAGACCCCAUUCAGACCCCCAAGCACAGCGAAGGGCAGCCACCCAAACGACCCCAGACAGCUGCCCCCUCGGGCAGGCCGGUGAGACCACCACGGUCACAGUCCACAGAAUCUCUACAUGUUCAGGAGCUGCAACAGAAAGACCUGGACCAACGGAUGGGAAACUACUCUCUGAGAAGACACGCUUCAGGGGGGCAGAGGGUUGCUAGAUAUGGACUCAAAGGGUCCACAAAGGCAAACCAAGCACCAAAUGUUCUACCAGCUAUAGCACCACAACCCCCUGGGCGCAACUCUGUCAAAAGACUCAUAAACACAUUCAGUAGUGGGGUGGAUGGCAGACCAGGCCAAAGUCUACCUAGUGCACACCUUAGGGGGUCUAGGAGCAGUGGAACUCCCCUCUUACCCGACAUUGGAAGUGGAGAGGACAUUGUCAGUGGCAACAACAAUAAGAACAUCUGGGCAGUGGAAGGCGGGGAGGGCCUGGACGAUGACAACCUGCCCCCCCCUCCCCCUGAGGUCCUGAUGGACAACUCCUAUGAGAGCAAUGAGGAGAAGCCGGAUGAUGAGGAAGGGGAAGAGGAGGACACCGACAGUAGGGGCCACCCUGUGCCACGCCAAAGGAGCACCACCUCUCAGCGCCUGAGGGCCUCGUUGCAGAGCAUGACGGUGCUGCCUAACCGUGGCAGUGUCGGACCAAUCAGACAGAAUGCCGUGACGGGGGGCGGGCAGCAGCCAGCCUCUGAGGGCGACCAAGAGAGUGAGCAGGCCGCCUCUCUCUACCGUCAGGCCCGCAAGAUCAUCCACCUGCGCAACGCAGCUGAAGCCUCUGCAAACAGACCUGACCAGGGGGUCCGAGGACCCCUCAGAGCUGGGGUGAGUCUCAGGCAAGGAAGCAACGACCACUAUGAGGGGGAGUAUUACCCCACCAGCAUGCCACCAACUGUCCCACCAGUCUCCAGAGUUCGCCUACCACCCUCAUGUCCCUCUACGCACCACAGACUACCAAGCCCCCCUGCUUUCGCACAGCCUAAUCCACCCUCACGUCCAUCCUCUCCCCGGGUCCUUAGAUGGAGCAGAGAGGACAGUGGUGAAGACAUGUCACCCUCAGUGUCCUUCAACGAUGCCCGAUCUGUGUUCUGUCAAAAUAGCCAAUCGAAUUCCCAGAGCUGGACCCCCUCCUAUAGCUCUACGCUCCCCAGGCCCUAUGGUGAGCCCUCCCGGGGAAGGCUGUCCACACGCGGGUCCCAGACUGUCAGUCGGCGCAGCCAGUCUGACCAGAGACCCAGCCUGACAACGCAACGAGAGGAGUCGUCCAACCCAGGCACACCACAGGGCCGGACUCGAGGAAGUGAGCCAAAUAUGGCCAGAAGCAGUGAGAGGUGAGUGUUUCCCUUUACUCCUUUUGUCUAGCUACCAGUUUAGUACAUCUUAGGUGGAUAUUAGGCCAAAGGCUUCCAAAUUCAUGUAAAUGCAGAAUUAUGAUCACAUGUUAGAAAGUAAAUAAACAAAAAUAGCAGAGAAUAGUGAAUAGAAAGAGAAACAGAUACAUUAGUUAACCUACAAAAGUAGAAAUUCAACUUGAUAAUAUCUCAAUUAACUACAGUAUCUAUGAUCAAAUCAAAUAAAACGUUAUUUAUAUAGCACAUUUCUUAAAAGGUGAGAGAUAAAAACACAAUACAUUUUCUAAAUUAGGAGACAAAGGUCAAUACUUUUGACUCCAAGCAGAUGGUAUCUGAUUCCAUCAGCUGUCACUCAGUGGGGGUGUGUAUGUAGCAAGGCUCAAGCGGAGCUAACAGACCUAGCUAUCACCCAUAGACAAUGAUAGAGGCCUCUAGUGGCCAAAAGGCCGUUUUUGCAUGAGCAACGCCAUUGCGGGCUUCCACCAUUUUAAUGUAGUCAACUGGGUGGGACUUCCAACUUCAUUGGCUGAUCCAUCAUGGUGACCCUGUUGGAGUCAUGUCCAACCGGGUCAUCAGGAGAGAUCAGCUAAUCGUGAAGAAGAAAAUGUACUACUUCAAAAUGGGGAUAGCCUCAAUGGCACUGUCCAUGCUGUCACAGACGCUAUUAUGGCACAGAUACAGAGAUGAGUCCUCUAUCUAUCUCUAUGCUAUCCCCUUCAGCUAAGAACAUCAUCUUAAAACAGAACGUGAAUCCACAGUUGGUAGAUUCAUUUGAGCAACAAUUUAGAAUGACCAUUUAGGAAUUUAAAUGCUCAAUAUUCAAAUGAAAUGACACCUACACACUUUCUACUUAGGAUUUAUUGAAGUAUUUUUUAUUUAUUUAAAGUAAUCUCUAACUGUUAAAGUAAUAAAUAACUUGUCAAAAGAGCAUAGCGCAAACAAUCAAACAUUUAUUCUACAUUUCUCAACUAUAAAUAAUCACAACAACCUAGCUAGAAGUGUUUACUUGAUACAAGAGCCAUUCCGUAACAUUAAACAUAAGCACACUUUAGUAGCCCUAACCAUUUUGAUGAACAGAUGUGACCUGAGAUUUAACUUAGAGGCAAAACAAAAUAGGUAGAACAACAAAUACGUUAUACAGCUUUACGAAUACGGCACCCUGCGCAAUUUUCAAGCUUCUUUAAAUUCCUACAGACACCUGAGGAUCCUUCACAGGUGGAGUAGGUGGGAGGUCCUCUGUAGCUCAGCUGGUAGAGCACGGCGCUUGUAACGCCAAGGUAGUGGGUUCGAUCCCCGGGACCACCCAUACACAAAAAAAAAAAAAUGUAUGCACGCAUGACUGUAAGUCGCUUUGGAUAAAAGCGUCUGCUAAAUGGCAUAUUAUAUUUAUAUUAUUAUGAGUAACUGGUGUAUUCAACGGCAACUAGAGCGAAACAAGUCAUGUGGCAUUUUGAUGGAUAGGUUUUCUAGGUAGUGGGUGUGAUCGUCUCAUUGUUUAUCAGAUACAUCAACUUUGUCUAUGUGGGUUAACAAUCGUCAUGCCACUGUAAAUUCCCAAGUCUGCAUAACAAAUGUGUGCUUAAGGGUAAGUCUAGACCAGAGUAGGCGCGUAAACAAGAUGGCGUAUUGAAUAGAAAUCGGUACAAAACACCUCAAGAUAAAAACAUAAUAUUCAAAAUCAGUAAGUUAGACUAAAUAUUAGCAUUUCAUAUAUUCGCAGUUAAUAUAAUUCAAUCUGGAUAAUAACAGAAAUAAGAUCAUAAGGCUAGAGAAAUAUAUCGACAAAUAUUACUACAACAAGCCACACCCAAACAUGACUGAAGACAAGCGUGGAGAGCCGAUCCCCAAAAGAAAACGCGACUCAUCGACAGAUACAGAUGAUAUAUGCUUUUCACCACUAGGUAUGGUAAGUGUGGAAAGCGACCUGUUGAAGUCGAUAAAUGACAAAUUGGGCAUACUAGAACUGGUCAGUAAAGACGUAAAAGAGUUGAAAGCGAGUCUUCAAAUGAGUGACGAAAAAGCUUUGGUAAUGGAGAAAGAAACCAAAGAAAUAAAAGUGACAGUCUCUAAAAUGGAAACGGACGUUAGGGAAUUAAAAAAGGAGAACAAUCUUCUGAGAGAAGCCUUACUAGACAUCCAAACUAGAUCGAUGAGGGAAAAUCUAGUACUUACGGGUAUUCAGGAAAAGGAGGGAGAAAUAACAGAGAAUAUUAUGAAGGACUUCCUGCAUACAGCGCUGCAAAUCCCACUCGAGGCUGUCGAUAAAAUCCAACUCGAACGUGUACAUCGUUUCGGAAAAAGAGGACAGAAAUAUGAGCGCCCAAUCGUUGCCAAAUUUGCUUUUUUUAAGGACAAAGCUAUGGUGAAAAGCCUGGGAAGGAGACUUGCUGGCACGAAAAUAGGCAUGAAUGAUCAGUUCCCGAAGGAGAUUGUAGAAAGGCGCAAAGUUCUGUAUCCAAUCUUCAAGGAAAACAGAUUAAAAGGGAAACGUGUUGCACUAGUGGUGGAUAAAUUAUAUAUUGACAACCAAAUGUUCAGAGACACAAAGACUACUCCAUGGCUAUUCUAAAAGUUGUAAUGGAGGAGUCAAAUAUUGGAGCACCUGAUACUAGCAAUGAUAGGGAUUGUAAUAUUAAAUAAUAUUUAUAGUAAGUAUAGUAUUUUAUAAAUGGAUAAAAUGAUAUAACAAGCAGAAUAAUACAUCUUUAUAUACAAAUAAUUAGAACAUGGAUUUUUUGGCGGGAGGUUGUUGUUUUGGCGGAUGGUUGUUGUGGUUGGUCCUGUGUUCUCUCUGGCGUCCUUUCCCCCUUGCAGCAGAUGUGGAUGCGGGUGCGUUUGCACGCUCGGCCCAUUUCUUCCGCAGUCAGCCAUGUGGUGUGCAUUUUUGUGUUUGAAAAGGUACGGCGUUAAGUGAGUGAGAGGGGAAAUGGUUGCAUAUCCCAGAGCCGACCGGGGGUCUAUGAACAGGGGUAGUGAGAGAGAGAGCUUUCAAUUUUGUGUAGAUGAGGGAUAUACAUUUUUAAAUAUAGUAAACAUCUAAUCUAAUUAUUCAUUGUCCUAUCAUGAUGGAAAGAUCCCUAACCCUAUAACCUGGACACCCACCUGAGCGACCCAUACACCAAAGAGAAGUUCCCAUCUAUUUUAUGGACCUGCUGUGAAUAUGCAGCCUAAAUAGAGAAAUAAAUGCGGUCAGAGACCUACUUGAGCAGCACCGCCCCCUCAAGAUUCUGAGCCUGCCUGGCAGGGUUGGUCCUACAAAGCCAGAGCCCCCUGAUGGGAGAGCAUAAUAUACAAGGAAAUUCUCAAAGCUGCUAAUGAGAACCUUGACGACCUUUUACCUAGCCGGUGGGGAUUCCGGUGGGGUACGCCCACCCAGGUAGUGGCAGUGCUGGCAACACUGGCUGCAGUAACCCAUGGGGAGGGGGUCACACUCGGACAAUCAGAGAGGGGGUUUAUCAUUGUGGCCCAGGUGGCACAAAAUAAUCAAAGGUCUGACCGCAUGGAGAUGCUUGGGAAAAUGGUUACAACAGGGGAUCAGAGUGUUUGUGUCUCAGGUGAAGAGGGUGGAUCUGACCUCCAUCACCUAGGACUUGACAUAGAUUAAGUAGAUUAAUCAAAUCUCACAUUGUUGUCAAUUUCUGCUCAAUUUGCAUGCUUUCUCAAUCAGCUUUAACUGUAUGUGCACUCGUAGAUCAAGUUAUUUCUCGGGUUGGGCUCUGGGAUAUAACAGCCGUUGAGUAUUGGAUUUUAUGGUGGAUUGUGGAGGAGGGGGGUUGAGUGUGUUGGAGUAUGUGAGUAUGUGCGUGUGUGCUGGUCUGGCAUCUGUUGUGGGGGGGGGUGGGGAUGUUGGGGGGGGGGGGGGUAUGGGAUGGACCGCGGGAAUUAUUUGCUAGGAUAAUAAUUGCUUGUCAAUGAAUUAAAUGUAAUAUAAUGGCAAUCCUGGUUAUAUGUUAGAAUCCUAUGCGUGAACUGCCGACAUUAUUACGCAUAUUAAUUGAUAAUGAUGGAAAAUAGGAUAUGCAUAAUAAAAUAAAUAAAUAAUAGUUAUAUAGAUAUAUAUAUAUAGAGGUGAAAGCAUUGGAAAUGCUUUUGGCGGUUAACCUGCUUCUGUUUUGUGGGUGGCACUGUGUGCUGUUUUCGAUGGAUGGGUCCUGGCCUCUCAGGGCCUUAGGGAUACGGAGGGACGUGGGGGGGAUGCUGAUCACUGGGAUGACGGCUCAACUUGGGAUGGGGAGGGGCUUUAGCGGGGGAAUUAGUGGAGAACAAUUGAAGGGUUACUCCGUAGCAAUGCAAAUAUCACGGUACAGCUAUAUGGACACUCAAUCAUUACGCUAUUUUUUAUUGGUAAAUUUACAAACAUAUAUAAUGAUAAAUAGACUUGAAACUUGUAUCUCAUUAUGGUGUAUGGUGAAAUAAGUAUAGCCAGUUAUAAUUGUAAUGGCUUAGCUGAUAAUAACAAAAGAAGAACAAUAUUUACAUGGCUCAAAGAGAAGGAAUAUAAUAUCUAUUGUAUACAGGAAACUCAUUCAACAAUUCGAGAUGAAGUAGCGUGGAAAAAAGAAUGGGGGGGGGGAAAUAUACUUCUCCCAUGGGCAAAGAAAUUCAAAAGGGGUGAUGAUAUUAAUUAAUAGUAAUUUCGAUCCGAAUGUGCAAAUUGUCCAAAUAGAUACGCAAGGUAGAUGGAUUAUUUUAAAUAUGGUAUUGGACAAUAAACAGAUAUGGCUCAUUAACCUUUACGGACCAAAUAAUGAUGAUCCACAAUUCUUUGACAAUAUAUAUAAUAAAUUAUCAAGCCUGCAAGCAACUCAAGACAAUAUUAUUAUGGUGGGGGAUUAUAAUACUGUUUUAAAUAGCUCAAUGGACCGAAAAGGAAAUCACACCACAAACAAUCACCCACAUGCUCUUAAGGAAAUUGUGAAUGUCAUGGAUACAUUAGAACUAGUAGAUAUAUGGAGGCUUAAAUAUGCUGAUCUAGUGAGAUAUACAUGGCGGAGACUGAAUCAAGCUAGUCGUCUUGACUUCUUUCUUAUCUCAUUCUCGUUGGCACCAAAAGUAAAAAAAGUGUUGAUAGGGGACAGAAUGCGGUCGGACCAUCAUAUAAUAGGCAUAUACAUUACUCUGACUGAAUUUCCACGUGGGCGAGGAUAUUGGAAAUUUAAUCAAAGCCUAUUAGAUGAUAAUUUAUUUAUAAUUAGAACAAAGGAAUUUAUAACUGACUUUUUCCAACAUAACUUAGGUACAGCGAAUCCCCUUAUUGUAUGGGACACCUUUAAAUGUGCCUUUAGAGGCCAUGCAAUUCAGUACUCAUCUCGAAAACAAAAGCAAUUUAGGUCAAAAGAGUUUAUACUAAGAAAGGAAAUAGAAAGUCUAACAGAACAGAUAGAUGGCAAUAAAAACUGUAACAUAGAGGCUCAGAAUAAAUUAGAGGAAAAACAAAAAGAAAUGGAAAAACUUAUUCAAGAAAGAUCAAGUGUAAUAUAUUAUAAAAAUAAAGCAAACUGGAUGGAAUAUGGGGAAAAAUGCACAAAAUUCUUUUUUAAUCUUCAACAUAGGAAUGCUACCAAAAAGAACUUAAUGAAACUGGUUACAAUUGACGGAGUCACCCAUAAUUCACCUAAUGAUAUUUUGAAGGAAGAAACAAAGUAUUUUAAGCAUAUGUUUUCUUUUCAGUCGCCUCCAUCUCCUCUAACUGAAGCUAAUUGUAGAGAUUUUUUUCCUAUUGAUAAUGUCAAAUUAACAGCCACACAGAAAGACUCAUGUGAAGGUGAAAUUACAGAGGAGGAACUUCUGGAUGCAAUUAAAGACUUUAAGUCCGGGAAAACUCCAGGGUUGGAUGGCAUACCAAUCGAGGUAUACCAAACCUUUUUUGAAAUACUAAGAGGACCGUUAUUAGCAUGUUUUAACCACUCCUAUGUAAAUGGUAGAUUAUCUGACACUCAAGAAGAAGGUCUGAUCUCAUUAUUACUGAAACAGGAUACAAGUGGAAAAUAUAAAGAUCCAGUCCAUUUACAAAAUUGGAGGCCCCUUACACUUCAGUGUUGUGAUGCAAAAAUCCUAGCAAAAUGUAUAGCGCAUAGAAUUAAAAAGGUAUUGUCGGAUAUUAUUCAUUCUAAUCAGACAGGUUUUUUACAUGGAAGAUACAUUGGAGACAAUAUAAGGCAAGUAUUGGAAACAAUAGAACACUAUGGAAAAUAUGGGAAACCAGGCCUGCUAUUCAUAGCAGACUUCGAAAAGGCAUUUGAUAAAGUUCGACUGGAAUUCAUAUAUAAAUGCCUGGAGCAUUUCAAUUUUGGAGAAUCUCUUAUAAAAUGGGUCAAAAUCAUGUAUAGUAACCCUAGGUGUAAAAUAGUAAAUAAUGGCUAUUUCUCAGAAAGUUUCAAACUGUCAAGAGGAGUGAAACAAGGUUGUCCACUAUCGGCAUAUCUAUUUAUUGUGGCCAUCGAGAUGUUAGCUAUUAAAAUCAGAUCCAAUAAUAAUAUCAGAGGAUUAGAAAUACAGGGCUUAAAAACAAAGGUGUCAUUGUACGCAGAUGAUUCAUGUUUUCUUUUAGAUCCACAACUAGAAUCCCUCCACAGCCUCAUAGAGGAUCUAGAUACAUUUUCUAACCUCUCUGGAUUAAAACCAAAUUAUGACAAAUGUACUAUAUUACGUAUUGGAUCACUAAAAAAUACAAUUUUUACAUUACCAUGUAGUUUACCAAUAAAAUGGUCUGAUGGUGAUGUGGAUAUACUCGGAAUACAUAUCCCAAAGGAAAUAAAUGAUCUCACUUCAAUAAAUUUUAAUAGAAAGUUAGCAAAAAUAGAUAAGAUCUUACUACCAUGGAAAGGAAAAUACCUGUCAAUUUGUGGAAAAAUCACCCUGAUUAACUCUUUAGUAUUAUCCCAGUUUACCUAUUUGCUUAUGGUCUUGCCUACGCCUAGCAAACAGUUUUUUAAAUUAUAUGACAAAAAAAUAUUCAAUUUUAUUUGGAACGGCAAGCCAGACAAAAUUAAAAGAGCAUAUUUAUAUAAUGAAUAUGAAUUCGGAGGACAGAAAUUAUUAAAUAUUAAAGCAUUAGACCUAUCACUAAAAUCUUCAGUCAUCCAAAAGUUAUACUUAAAUCCGAACUGGUUCUCAAGCAAAUUAGUAAGAUUGUCUCACCCACUGUUCAAGAAAGGCCUUUUUCCCUUUAUUCAGAUUACAACCUCUCACUUUCAGUUAUUUGAAAAGGAAAUAAUCUCCCAAAUGUCACUAUUUCUAAAACAAGCCAUAGAAAGUUGGUUACAAUUUCAAUUUAAUCCUCCAGAAACGACAGAACAAAUAAUGCAACAAAUAUUGUGGUUAAAUUCAAAUAUACUAAUUGACAAAAAACCUAUAUUUAUUGACAGAAUGUUUAAAAAAGGUAUAAUCUUCGUAAAUGAUAUCAUCGGUAGGACUGGUGGAGUUAUGUCGCACAUGCAGCUAAUAAAAACAUAUGGAAAUGUCUGCUCUACCCAAAAUUACAACCAAAUAAUUGCAGCCAUACCGCAAAAGUGGAAGAGGAAAGUUGAAGGGGGAGAAAGUAAGGAACUUGUCUGUCGGCCUUGCAUUAAAGAACAUAAUUGGUUAAGGAAAACUGUGAUAAAUAAAAAAGUAUAUCAGUUUCACUUAAGGACCAAAGGAUUGACAGCAGUCCCAUAUAGAUUGCAAAAUAGUUGGGAAGAGAUCUUUGACGUACCGAUCCCAUGGCAUAGUGUUUAUGAACUGACACGCAAAACGACACCGGAUUCAAAAAUUAGAAUCUUUCAAUUUAAAUUAUUAUAUAAAAUUCUUGCUACCAAUAGAAUGUUAUUUAUAUGGGGGAUACAAUCUUCCCAGCUCUGCAGAUUUUGCUGUGAAGAGAUAGAAUCAUUAGAUCAUUUGUUUUGGUUCUGUCCAUUUGUAGCUUGUUUUUGGACACAGGUCCAGGAAUGGCUAAAGGAUUGCAAUAUUUACCUGGAACUAACCUUGCAGAUAGCAUUACUGGGUGAUCUGAAAAGUCAUAGUCAAUCAAUCAAUAAUAUAAUAAUACUUUUAGCAAAAAUGUUUAUUUUUAAUUCACAAUCUGUAGAAGCAAUGAGAAUAGAAAGGUUCAGAACUUUUGUAAAACAUCACAGUAUGGUUGAAAUAUAUAUGGCAAAUAGAAAUCCUAUAUGGAUGGUGUUAAGAGAUAGAUGGGAGGUAUUGAAUAGAGUUGAAGGAUGGGACUAAUAACAAAUAACAACAAAUAAUAACAAAGAUAGCUAAUAAUGUAAGCAUACUGUGUCCAUAAUAAGUAUAUAGGUUGUAUGUUGGGAGCUUUUGGGAAGGAGCACAGUUAGAAAGAUAUGGCAUUUAGAGGCAAACCGGAUGGACAUCAUGAAGAUGAUCGGAGAGGUUGAGAGUAGAAGAAGUUCAGGAGAAAAAAAAUAAAUAGGUGUGUAUAUGUAUAUGUAUAUAUAUAUGUAUAUAUAUAUAUAUAUAUGUAUGUGUGUGUGUAUGUGUAUGUAUGUAUGUAUAUAUGUAUAUAUAUAUAUAUAUAUAUAUAUAUAUAUAUAGAUAUAGAAUUAUUGUAAAAUUAACUCUGUCCAUAAGGUGUAGAUAGUGAGUAUGGACCGGAAGUAGAGGCCUGGGCGUUGUUGUUCACUAAUUUACUCCAAGUAGGGAAAGGAUGGUGGGGUUGAAAAGUAAUAAAGGGGAAUAUAUAUAUAUAAAAAAUAAAAAUAAAUAUGGGGGAUUGGAAGUGAUGCAGACAAUUACAUUGAUAGAAGAUACAAUCUAUCUGCAAUAUUAAGCUGAUCCUUCCCCCCGAAAAAAAAUAAAAAAUAAAAAAUAAAAAAAAAUAAUGUGUGCUUAACGAGUUAGUCAUUGGUCAAGUAUUGGGGAACACAAUCUUAAAAGUAGAGUGCUGAUUAUCGAGAUUGGAUGUUAACCUAGCAGUUAAGAGCGUUGAACCAGUAAUUGAAAGGUUGCUGGUUAGAACCCCAGAGCUGACUAGGUGAAAAAUAUGUUGAUGUGCCCUUGAGCAAGGCACUAAACCCUAAUUGCUCAUGUAAAUCUCUCUGGAUAAGAGCAUCUGCUAAUUGACAUAAAUGUAAAAAAAAAUUAAAAAAAUAAAAAAAACCGGUAGGCCAGAGGGAGAGAGAGUAUCACAGGAAUGUGGACACUUCUUACUGUAAAGAACUGAAGUGACACUUCUCAGCAUAUGAUGAGGUGCUAUAAAUGUAGCCUAAUGUUACAGCAGACGAUCAACGUCAACAAUGUAUUUUAUUGGUACAUUUACCCUUCUUGAGUGUGAGUAAUUAUACAUGGGGGGACUGAGGACUAGAACAUGUUGUCUGUUAGGUCAUUAGUAUGAACUUGAACACAACAACAACUUUAAAUUCUUGAUUUGAACCCAAUACCCUGUUAUCAGUGUCUCCAUCACCAUCACUCACUUACCCUACCUACUGCCUCCAGGUUUACCCUGAGAGAAGCCACCUGUUUGGCCUAAUCCUGGGUAGAUUAGCUCUCCUUCCCCACUGCAUCUCCCAGCUACCUGGUCCGCUACCCCAUAAUCCACGACUACAUCCACGACUAAAGCCUCUCCUUUUCCUGUUUUCUUAUAGGAUGGUCAAUGGUCUUGUGACGGAAGGGGACAACCAAUCAGAUCCAAGUGCUGUUGAUACUGAUUUGGAUCCUGAGCAGUAGUGCAUGGCAGUCUGCCAGGGCAGAAUCUACCGAGCGAAUUAGAGGGUGAGGACUGAGCAUAGAAAGGGAUUAUGGAUUAGGAGGACUCUUAAGACUAAGACUUCCCUUCUAAUGAGAAGAGAAGGGGUUUAUUCUAAGAAAGUGUGUUAGGUAAUUGACAAUGCAUCUCCCUCAGAUUGCUUGACUGCAGUGGAGAAAAGGUUGAAAUACAGUGCACAUGUUUUGGUCUAUCUAUUGCGUCCUCUGAUAUCGGAUGUUUUGUAAUACAGUAAUUACUGAAAACAUUAUUCCAACAACCAUAAAAUGUACUACAUAAAAUAAAAUAAAUAUAUUUUGGGAUUUGUUGAUUUAUUGAAGAUUAAUAAUGAGUGUACGUUGCAAUCUUUCAGUACAUUUGUGGAAAUUAAAAUGAAUGUAAUUUACUGUAUUGACUAUGACUAAUUAUAUAUUGGUGAAUUGGUAAAAUUAUUUGUUUCUUGUCCAUGUCAUACUGUUUUAGAAUUAGCAUUUUGUAUUUGAACUGUUGG